GGUUGGCCUUCCUUGACACCUACAAAAAAAGUUUCAAAGGAGCGAAGGACGAACAAGGAGAGAUCUGACCCCGCAGGGUAUUGUAGCGCCCCCCGCGGGAAUUAUACAGGCGCGCACUCCAAAUUCAAGCCAGCGUAAGCCCGGAGAAAUGCAGGGAGACGGAAGGAGAGCGCUUGGUGCAUCUUUUGCUAGGUCAGGGGAGAAGGAGACUUGGCGGUGGAGCCUCAAAGCGGAGAAGAAGUGAGACACUGAGAGGACGAGAAAGGAAUCCGUGGAGAUGCCGCGUGGAUUACUUCAAAUACUUCGGCGGGGGUGUCAACAAUCCAGAGCAAUGGCGAAGUGAAGAAACGGCUCCAAGCGGGUUGGAACAGCUGACGGAAGAGUCUCUGCUAGCUACGAUGAAGACGGGGAAAGGUUUCAAAGACAGUGCUGAGGUACGGACUACAGACUGGAGGGUGGCCCUGAAGAGCAAAUGAAGACGUCGACGAGUGAGCAGCUUGGAUAGGAUGGAAAUUGAGCUCUGCCAAAGUUUGAGAGAACACAGUUAGAUGCUUUGGACAUGUCCAGAGGAGAGAAAGAUCAGGAUGGAGAGAACAGAAAAGCUGGUUGGGUGUUGUGACUGGAGAUGUGAGAUGUGAGGGACGUUGGAGGGAGCCAGGAAGAUGCAGGAGAUAAGACAGGCCCACAUGGACCAAGAUGGACGGGACAAGCCCAGACCCCAAAGGAAAGCAAGAAGACUGACCUGUACCAGCUGGAUUUGAACGCCAGAUGGCGCCAACUCCUUUUUUUUUUUUUUUCCUUCUCACAACUGCGUGUACGUCGCGGGCACAGGGUGGGGCGUUGCUAUGGUAAUCAGGUACGUCGUGAGGGCGUUGUUUAGGCUUGUGGAAACGGAAUGUGUGUGUAAGCCUGUGCAAAUGUGAGUAAGCGUCUGAGUGUCCACCGGGAAGUGUACAUAUGUGUGACUAAGUGUGUGUGUGCGUCAGCCCGAUUGGCUCCCUCACACUCGACGACACAAACACAAAAACUGUUGCCUUGGGGUUGACUUGGCUUAGUUGAACACAAACACACGUGUGUCACUUCCUGUUUCCCAUUUAUUAUGGCCGGCUUGGGAACCCCUCGGGAUCCCUUCACCAGAGCUGCAAGAAGUGGCUGGGGAAAGGCAAGUCUGGGUAUCCCCGCUGAAGCUGCUUCCCCCCACGACCCGACCGGGAGAAGCGCGAAAAAAUGGAUGCAAAUAAACAUGAUCAACAUCCAUCCAUCCAUCCAUCUUCUCCGAGGUGGGGCCUCUUAAGCAGCGUUGCCCAGUCACUUCGUUCUCGGGGGGGGGGGGGGGUCCCCGAGGCAAUCCCAAGGCUCGAGACGUGGUCUCUCCGGCCCAGCGGGACAUCCCCAGAAUCCCGGAGCGACCUCAUCUGGCUCCUCUCGAUGCCGAGGGGCACCGAAGGGAAAGUCCAGAUACGGCGCGGAGGAAACUCAUCCGGUCCCCUCGCAUCCGCCGUCCUGUUCUUUGGGUCACAAGCCGCGCCUCAUCCACACCCGAGGCUACGCUCUCGAGGGGCUUUGUGAGCAAAGAUGGGACAGCCCGCCCCAGAGUGGCCAGACGUCGUUGGGAUCGAGGACCUCUUCAAAGUGAAGUCAUCGGCGCCCCGUCCCCCAAGUGUCACCGUGUCGACGGUGCACGCAGAGUUUCGUUGAAACCAUCUAGAAGUUGUUCUUCUACCACAUCCGGGCCCAAGCUGCUCUCUGCCAGUACCCAUCAGCGACCCCUGGAGGCCUCGUAGGACUCAGCCGCUGACGGGCGCGGCGCCAAAAAUGGAGGAGCGCCCUCAGGACGGGGUCGAAGUUCUGCCCCGAGCCGAGUUGCGUUGCGAGUGCAACGGUCGCUCGGGCGGGUGCGUCCGCGACGCGCUGGGUCUUCGCUGCGUGGACUGCUCGGGAAACAGCCAAGGUCGGCGCUGCGAACGCUGCAAAGACGGAUUCUACCAAGAAGGGGCGGCGCUCGGCUGCACGCCGUGCGGCUGCCACCCCGCAGGUUCCGUGAGCCACAGCUGUGACAGCAGGGGGCGCUGUGCCUGCAGAGAGGGAGUCAUUGGAACAAAGUGUGACCUGUGCCCCCAAGGAACAAUCGGCCCCCACGGGUGUUCUCCUAGGCGCAGACUCAGAGAGGAUUCCGGCAGCACGUUAUGUUUCUGUUACGGUCACGGCACCCGGUGUUCUCCUCAGUCAGCGUACGGCGCCCGCGACAUCUGGAGCACCUUCAAGCACGGUCCCGACGGUUGGAAGGUGGCCACCUCUCACGGCCUCACCCCAACGAACGUCCACAGCCGCUGGUCCCCCAAGUACGAAGACGUGGAGGUGAUCUCCAGAAACAGUCUGCCGGUUUACCUGUAUGCGCCAGCUCCUUACCUGGGCAACCAGUUGCUGAGUUACGGUCAAAACUUGUCCUUCUCACUGCGUCUGGACCGCGGCAUUCGGCACCCGUCAGUCAACGACGUCAUUCUGGAAGGUUCCGGUCUCCGGGUCUCAGCUUCGCUGGGCAACCUGCACUCCAUUGUUCCCUGCGGGAAGAAAAUCAACUACACCUUCAGACUGGACGAACAGCCGGGCAGCAGGUGGCGCCCUCAGCUCACCCGGUUCCAGUUCCAGACUCUCCUCCAAAACCUGAGCGCCAUCAAGAUACGAGCUACCUUUGGAGACAGAGGACGCGGUUACCUGGACAACGUGAAAAUGGUGUCGGCAAUGCGGGGAGGUGGCUCCCCGGCCCACUGGGUGCGCACCUGUGUCUGUCCGCCGGGAUACGAGGGCGACUUCUGUCAAGAAUGCUCGGCGGGUUUCCGGCGGCGGAAGGCGGCGGAAGGAGCGUUCGGCCCCUGCGAGCCGUGCAGCUGCAAGGGGGGCGACUGCGACCCGCAAACGGGCGACUGCUAUCCCGCAGACGAGACGCAAACCUGCUCGGAUGGGCUUUACUUGGAUUUGUGGACCCGAACCUGCGUGACGUGUCCCUGUCCCGAAGGAGUGCCGUGCUCGCUGGUUCCUGGGUCGGCGCGACCCGAGUGUCACAUCUGUCCGCCUGGAACCGCAGGCCUACGCUGUGAUGAGUGUCAGGAGGGAUUUUAUGGCUCGCCCGGAGGGGCCGCCGGCGAGCGGCGGCCGUGCCGACCCUGCCCGUGCAACGGCCACAUUGACGUCCGAGUGGCGGGAAGCUGCGAUCGAACCAGCGGCGAAUGUCUGAAGUGUGUCAACAACACGGCGGGUCGCAGCUGUGACGUAUGCUUGCCAAACUUUUACCGCGGCAGCUCGGACCAGGCCUGCAGACCGUGCGACUGCAAUCUUCGAGGCUCCGAGUCACUGGGGUGUGACGCCGCCGGUCGCUGUCGCUGCAGACCGGGCUUUGACGGCGCAAAGUGUCAGAUGUCCGGAGAGUGUCCCGCCUGUUUCAAUACAGCCAAAGUCAAGGUGGAGGAGUUGGCUUUCAAACUUCAGCAGUUGCAGACGCAGAGCUCUCAGACGGGUGCCGGCCUCGAUACCGGCAACAACACCCACGCAGAGGCUGCGAUGAGUGGGGCCGAGGCGCUCGUGGGUGACCUGGAGGCCGAUGCGGCGCGGCUGGCAGUACUGGAAAAGCAGCUGCAGGACAGUCUGACAUCUCUCGGUCGCACUCGACUGUCCGAGGAACGGGACGUCCAGAACGUGGCCGACGCGACCGGCGACAUCAAACGACGGCAGCAGACCUACGUGACCGAAGCAGAUCAGCUUCAGAAUUUCGUGGCCGACAUGAAACGCAAACUGGACGAGGCCGAGUCGGGUCUCCGCUCAGCUGAGUUUCCAGCGGGUGAUGCUCCUCUGAGUCCAAACCUCCUGUCCUCGUUGGCACAAACGGCGAUAGGCUUGGCUGAUAAACAUCAGACGAAGGCGACGGCAGCCGAGCGGACUGCCAACGAGGCUCUGGGAGACUCUGAGAAAAGUUUGGCACUUGUCCGGAAUCUUCUCAACAAGGGGAACAAUGUCAAAGAUCUGAUCGGAGGAGUGAAAACUGCGUAUGACGGGAUGGCGGCGCGGGUCAAGGGUUUGGACGACCGGGCGAUCCGCCUGGGCGGCGAGGCCACAGACGAGAGCAACAAGGCCACGGGCAUGCUGGAAGACAUCAGCAGGAUGGCCAGAGACAUCCCGCUCGCCCUGACGGGCGAGACGGGCGCCAUGGCCGCCAAGUUUGACCUCCUGAAGAAGGCGGCGGACGGGAGCGCGGCGGGCUUCACGGCGCUGCGGGAAGACGUACGGCGGGACACGGCCGCCGCCCAGGACAUGCUGGAGCGAGCCAGGAGUGCAAUGCAGGACACGGAUGCGCUCACAGGCCGAGUGGACGCCGCCCACGCCGACACCAGGGCGGCGCUUCAGCGCAUUAAGAACAACACCGACAAGCUGGACGCCGCCCUCGGCACUCUGAGAGGCUUUGACCGGCAGAUCGGCGCCAGCCAAGCGCAGGCGGAUGCCGCCAUCGGGCGGCUUCCCGUUUUGCGCCCGAUCAUUCAGCGAGCCGCCAAGAACAACGCUAAUACGCGGGGCUUGCUGGACGCCGUGUCCGCGGAUUCCGACAGAGCCAUGGCGUCCAUCGACCAGCUGGAGAAACUGAUUCCUGGUCUGGAGGGAGCGAUCAGGUCCGUACCGCCUCUCGGAAACGGGGCCGGCGACAUCAACGAGGGCGUCGAGGCGCUGCGGACGCUGGCGGGCGACGUCGGCGCCGAGGUCGCCGGCGAGCUCGGCCACGCCAGGAACUUGAAGGGCGACGCCGGGCAGGCCGGAGAUGCCGCCGCCGCCGCCCUGAGGAACGCCAAACGGGCCAGAGACGCCGUGGGAAAAAUGCUGCAGGACAUUGCCGCGGGGAUGGCCAACAUCGACCAACCGGGCACGUUUGACCCAAACCGCCUCCGGGAGCUGGAGGACACGUUGGCGGCGGCCCGCCGGGACACGGAGACCCGUCUCGAGCCUCAGCUGAGAGACGCGGCGGCGAGGGAAGCGGCGCAGCGCCGCCUGCUGGCCGUCCUAGACGGAGACAUCGACGGCAUCUUGGGAGACAUCGCCAACCUGGAGGACAUCUUGAAGACCGUACCCAGCGGGUGCUUCAACAGCCCCCCCAUCGAGAAGGCCUGACCCGUCCAUUUCGUCACAUUCGAGGGCAACUUUUUGUCUUGGCGUCGAACCGGGACCCGCUCCUCCCCGUCCCGGAGCCACGCGGGCGCAAAUCGACGCCGUCGGGCGGAAACCCAAUUUGGUCGCCGCCCGUAUUUGUCCAGAAAUUUCCGGAGUCCGGCGCUGCUAUUUUCGCACAUUAUUUAGCGUUCUUAUUAAUUGCAACGCCGCAAUCUUUAGUUGCUGAACUCCCGAGAUGCUUCCGUGUUCUGAGUUCCCGUUUCCGGAUAGAGUCGAGGAUUCUGCCGAAAGCGCUCGGGCCGACAAAAGGCUCCUGCGACACGUUUCACAUUUUUCUAUUUAUAAAAUCAUUUGUACGUAUUC